AUGGCUGACGGGGAGAGUGUCCGAGUUGCCGUUCGAGUUAGGCCUUUCAAUCAGCGUGAGAAGGACAGAGACUCAAAACUAUGCGUCAGAAUGUUGGGACCCACGACAACGGUGAUCAACCCAGAAGAUGGCAAAGAUAAGAGCUUCACGUUCGAUUUCAGCUACUGGUCCCAUGAUGGGUAUGAUAACUGUGCUGUUUCGGGGACUGAUGGUGCUACAUAUGCUGAUCAGAAGAAGGUUUUCGAUGACCUCGGACAGGGCGUUCUAAACAAUGCAUAUGAGGGAUAUAAUUCUUGCUUGUUUGCGUAUGGGCAAACGGGUGCAGGAAAAUCGUAUAGUAUGGUUGGCUAUGGUGUCAACAAAGGAAUUGUUCCAAUAUCUUGUGAUGAGAUCUUCAAGAGAAUCGAAGAGCAAAAGGCUUCAAGUCCAGACAAAUAUCAGUUUCAAGUUACGAUUCAAAUGUUGGAAAUUUAUAACGAACAGGUUCGAGAUCUAUUCUCCAAAACGAAUCCAUCUGGCGGACUCAAAGUACGCAUGAAUCCGAAAAGUGGGGUCGAAGUAGUCGGCUUGACAGAAUGGCCGGUUGGGAGCUACCAAGAGAUCGAUGAACGCAUUGAAACAGCAACCAAAAACAGGACCGUUGCGUCCACAAACAUGAAUGCCACGUCUUCUAGGGCACAUACAGUAGCCAAAAUGAAUCUUGUUGACCUUGCGGGCUCCGAACGUGCAGAGAGCACAGGAGCAACAGGAGAUCGAUUGAAAGAAGGCGCAGCGAUCAACCUUUCACUCACUAUGUUAGGAAAUGUGAUCACUGCGUUGGCUGAGAGGUCGAACAAUCCUAACAAGAAAGUUCUCAUCCCAUAUCGAGACUCGAAAUUGACUUGCAUCCUGCAAGAUGCCCUUGGUGGCAACUCAAAAACGAUCAUGGUUUGCGCUAUCUCUCCAGCAGACAUUAAUUUUGAAGAGACGGUGGGCACACUCCGAUAUGCUGAUCGAGCCAAGCAGAUCAAGAAUAAACCAAAGGUCAACAUCGAUCCAACCGAAAUGUUGAUCCAGCAGCUCAAGGAGGAGAACGAGAGAUUGAAGCAGCAGAUGGGCACUGGUGGAGGUCCACCAGGAACUGUCAUGACAGAGGAAGAGAAAGAAGCGAUGAAGAAGCAGUUGGAAGACGAAAUGGCGGCUAAAAUGGCAGAGAAUGAGAAGAUGCUGGCCGAGAUGUCCAAGAGUUGGGAGGAGAAGCUCAAGGAGGCGCAAGAGAAGGCUGCUGCCGAAGGAGGGAGCGCGCAAUCCGAGCAAAAGCGCCGCGAGACUGAGCCGCAUAUUCUCAAUAUCAACGAGGACCCAGUCUUGUCCAGGGCGAUCUGUUACUUCUUCCCUUUGGGCGAAGAGAUCAAUAUCGGAAAUCGCGACCGUCCUGGAGAGGAAGAGAUAUUGUUGGGAGGCGUCAGCAUCCGACCCGAUCAUUGUCGUGUUACAAAUACUGACGGCAAGCUGAUCAUGGGAGUACGUGAAGAGUGCAAAGUUCUGCUCAAUGGUGCUGACGUCACUGGCAAGAGCGACCUUGAACUUCAUCACAACGACAGGCUCCUUAUCGGAACCAACUACUACUUUGUUGUUGUGCACCCUUCGGAGAGGGAUACUUCACCGCCAGAAGAAGGAUGGCCUGAAGUUACGUGGGACAUGUUCCAGCGAGAGAUCGCCAAGGCACAAGGUCUCAAUGUGGAUGUGAACUGGGCGGCUAUGACAGAGGAGGAGAAGAGGAGAGCCCUCCUGAACGAUGAACUUGUACAAGUUAUGCCACGAGUACAGGAAGCUAAUGCUCUCAGUUCAGAGCUCAAGCGCGACAUCAACUUCGAAACUAAAGUCACAUCUGUUAUGCACAAGACAGAAGGGACGGUCUCAGUUGUGAUGGUCAAGGUGAUUAAUGAGGUGACGUCAGCAGAGUUCAUCUGGGAGAAAGACAAGUUCAUCAACCGGGUUUAUCUAAUGCGAGAGCUCUACUCCAAGUACCUGGAAGGCACGUUGGACCCAAGUCUAUUCAACGGCGAUCAGGAUCCUUUCUGGGAUCCGAUCGAGCCUAUGAACAUCGGAUACAGCACCAUUUACCUGAAGCCGCUG